AAACCCCUAUUCUGACCUUACGAGCGCCUAGCGAUUCAAUCCUACGCCACCGCCAUGUUCCGUCACGCCGCCGCCCGCGUUCUCUCUCGAUCCACGGCGACCACCGCCAUCGCCACCGCCUCUAGGUCUCGUUUAUUCUCCACUGAAGCAUUCUCAGUUCAUACAUCUGAUGAAUCGUUCGUAGAGGCAUGGAAGAAAGUGAUCCCUAACAUCGAGCCACCUAAAACUCCUCUUUCCUUCAUGAAACCUAGGCCACCGACUCCUUCAACCAUUCCUUCAAAGCUCACAGUUAACUUUGUUCUCCCAUAUUCAUCUGAGCUAUCAGCUAAGGAGGUGGAUAUGGUUAUGGUACCAGCAACAACAGGAGUUAUGGGUGUUCUUCCUGGUCACGUUGCAACAAUAGCCGAACUAAAACCAGGGGUUUUAUCAGUACACGAGGGUAACGACGUAACAAAGUACUUUGUAAGCGGUGGAUUUGCUUUCAUCCAUGCAAACUCAUAUGCAGAUAUAAUGGCAACUGAAGCUGUACCAAUUGAUCAAAUUGAUUCAAACUCCGUCCAGAAAGGACUUGCGGAAUUUAACCAGAAAUUGAACUCAGCUUCAACAGAUGCUGAGAAAGCCGAAGCUCAGAUUGGAGUUGAUGUGCUAAGUUCUCUCAAUUCCGCCCUCACAGGCUAGUUUUAUGAACUCCUAUUUUUUCACGAUUUAAUCAAUCGAUAAUAAUAAUAAUCUAUUGUGUUACCGAGGAUUAUUACACAUUUUACCUGUUUUGUUGAUUUACUAAAUCCAUGUCCAUGGUUUUAUGGUGA